CCACCUCCUGCCUGUGCGCGGCCGGCGGCCGGCCAUGCCGGGGGUACGAGGCGGGUGUCCAGGCCAGCCAGAGCUGGGGUGGCCAGGCGGGGAUGGUCGCCGGGAGCCAUGGGGGAGCACGGCAGCGGGCCUGCUCCUGGCGCGGCGGGGGACGGCGGGGCACCACAGUAAGAAACCAAGAUGCUCCAUAAGGAAAGGAUCCCUGCCCAGGACAAAUGACGGAGCACCACGAAUAAGGGUUCCCCGCUGAAGGGUGAGACAUGUGGUAGGAGCCAACGCUUCCCACCGAAGAGUGAGACUCCGUCGUGCCCCUCAGCCCAGGGCACCGCAGGAGAGACAGGACAUGUGCCGUGCUGGCUGCCUCCUCUCGGGACUCCUCCUCAUCCUCAGUGUGACCAACACGGACGCCUUCUCCCGGGCAGGCCGCAGAGUCUGUGCCGCGGCACCGCAGACCCAGGAGGCCACCUACACAGAGUCCCACGUCCAGCCCGUCUACCAGCCCUACCUCACCACCUGCCAGGGCCACCGCCUCUGCAGCACCUACAGGACCAUCUACAGGGUUGCCUACCGGCAGGCGUACAGGCAGCUGCCCCAGCCCACGGCCUCCUGCUGUCCCGGCUGGAGCAGGGCUAAUGGCCACACGCUCAGCUGCAACAGAGCUCUCUGCUGGGUGCCGUGCCAGAACGGCGGGACCUGCUCCUUCCCUGGUAGAUGCACCUGCCUGCCCGGCUGGACGGGGCGAGCCUGCCAGACAGACGUGGAUGAAUGUGCCGGGCAGAGCCACGGGUGCCACCAGCUCUGCAUCAACACGGCCGGGAGCUACCGCUGUGCCUGCCGGGAUGGCUUCACCCUCGCUGCCGAUGACAAGGCGUGCCAGCCCCUGGUGCCACCCCCUGAGCCAGAAACCUUCCGCCAAGCAGGUCCCCCCAGUGAAAUGACAGAAGAAAUGAAAGCCCUGAAGAGCAGAGUGGAAGCGCUGGAGCAGAAGCUCCAGUUGGUGCUGGCCCCCUUCCACAACUUCAUGCCAUCUGAGCCGGAGGACGUCGGUGCGGACCCCAUCAGCCGGUUGUCCCACUCCCUCCAGCAACUGGACAGGAUCGACUCCCUGAGCGAGCAGAUCUCCUUCCUCGAGGAGCGGCUGGAGACGUGUAAGUGCCUGGAAAAAGCAGGGGUGAAGCUUUUCCCUCCAUUCCCCUUGGCCACAGCGAGCAGAUGCCGGCCAGCGAGAUCAGUAACACAUAUGCCACUAUUAAUCUAUAUCUCCCUCAAGCUCAUCAGCCUGUAAUUAAUAAAAGAUGAACACAAACAGCCCAUUAGCUUCAUUUCAAAGCUGUUUCUAUGGCUGCACCAUCUGACUGCCCUUGUAGCAGCCAGAAAUCCUAAGAUGGGCACAGGGAAACGUGGCUCCGGGGCAGAAGCAGAGGGAACCCCCUGAGCAGUGGGUCAUGUCUCGCCAUCAGCACCCUCACCACCUGCCUUCCCUUCCUGUGGUGUUACAACUUCAUCCUUAGAAAAGAAACCUCCACUCUUAGGAAAUUAACAGUCCAAAGAGUCAAUCAGGAAAGUUUAGGGAGCGUGCAGAAGUUGGCAGAUUUACGAGCCUGGGAAGUUUUAGGGAUUUCUUUUUGAAGUCUGCAGAGCAGCCCUUUGCCAGGCAGUGGACCAGAGCGGGUUCCUAAGUACCAACCUCUGGAGACACUGGUGGGAGCUGCCAUGUGUGAAAUGGCCAUGGGCAGGGGGUCCUGCCUGGUGACCUCCCACAGGGCAGCAUCCCCUCAGCUCCCUCAGGUGGGUGCAAGGCUCUCCCUUAACUCAGAGCAGAGCACAAACCAAGUAACUCUACUGUAAUAGCCGUUCGUUUUCCCAUUAAAUAAUUCCAGUCAAACACACCCAGAAACUGGGCUCGGUGGGGCUGGCUCUGGUGUGCAGCAGCAGCCCCGUGCUAACGGCAGGGCCGAGGGUGUUUGGAAAGACUUCAGGGGAAACUGCCUUUCAGGGCAGAUCCAGUCCCAGUUCACUGCUCGCAGUAAUGGCUUAGAUAUAAAAGACUUCAAAGAACUUGUUUGAAGACUAAGUAGCUGCAAAUAGACACUUAGAAAACAUCUCAGAAAGGGGUAAUCAUCAGAAGGGCUGAGCAUUCCAGCAGACAGUUUCCUAGUAUUGCCCUGCACAUAUUAUUAGUGACAGGAAUGUGAGUGGUAUCACAAGGUAACGUGGAUUUACUCCAAGGGAUGACUCCAAAGUCCUGAACUUCACUUCUGCCAAGCCCGUUUGGGCAAGCAAAACUUGUUUUUGUCCCUCUCCCAGUUUCGAAAGGACACAAGGUUGGCCUUUCCUACCCCGGCAGCACCAGGGCUUGCAGGGCAACCCACAGAGCAUUCAGUAGCCACCCACUUUCUGUGCCUUGCAAGGCAUUUCACAACGGGAUACGAAGCUACACCUGCACCUUCCAAUUACCUGCCCUGUGGGGAUGUGUGUAAGGACUAAAAAUCAUUUUAUUUUCCUAAAACCAUCAGUGAAGGCACAAGAUUGGAGCUCGUUAAGCUGUAACCAUUUCAGCCCCUCUAAGUGUGAAUUACCCUCAGCUGGUCACCACCUGUUGAUGCUCAGCUGUGACACUUACACCCAGUCAGUGACAUGACAGACUCACAACAGCACGUAGCUGUGCCACAGCCACCCUGCGUGGUCCCUUCCCCGGCCCCUGGGGACUUCAGUGACCAGCAGCACCUGCUCCUGACUACUGUCACACAGAGCCACUGCCUGUGUGUCCCAGUCUCCCAUCCUAGAGCCACCAGUGUCACUGUCACUGCCUUUCCCACCUCCCUGGGACACUGCACAGGACUGUCGAGGACUGUGGUGUGACAGGGAGAGUGACAGUCCCAAAUAUGGUGGGACAGAGCCAGCUUGGGGGUGUUCAGCAAAGGGGAAGCAGCAAGUGUGGGUAACAUUCACAGAGGCUGAGGGCAACCUCCUCCUUCUUGGGGAAAGGGAUAACCCAAACCCAGGCUAACAUGGCUGGAUGGGAUUUUAUUUUUUUUGUU